GAAUUGGCCUUGCUUCGUGCGAGUGUGCGGUGUUAUCCUCCGACCGACGCCCGGCCAGCAACCACGCUGAAUUUCGGUGACCUCGGGAGCCCGUACCCGGGCAUGUCGGCCACUCCGGAGGCACACGAGGAGCUCAAGCAGCCCUCGUUCAUGGAGCUGCCGCAGCAGGGCAUCCCGGGCAUGCACCCGGCCUACGGGCGCGGCCCGCUCGGCUACCCGGGCCAGCAGCACGUCUCCCAGUACGACCCGACGCACGCCAACCGGACGCUCAGCUACCACUUUCCGUCCAUGCACGGGCCGCUACAGAACAGCUACUCGGGCUACGCGCCGCUGGGGCCGUACCACACGCCGCCGUGCCCCUCGCCGCCCAUACGGGAGGACGACGACAAGCUGACCGAGGGCGGUGUCAGGGUGAACGGCAAGGGCAAGAAGAUGCGGAAGCCGCGCACCAUCUACUCCUCCCUGCAGCUGCAGCAGCUCAACCGGCGGUUCCAGCGGACGCAGUACCUGGCGCUACCCGAGCGGGCCGAGCUGGCCGCCAGCCUGGGCCUCACCCAGACACAGGUGAAGAUCUGGUUCCAGAACCGGAGGAGUAAAUACAAGAAGAUCAUGAAGGCGCACCAGAACGGCCAGGUGCCGCCGCAGUCGCCGCUAGAUGAGUCGCCGCUGUCGCAGCCGAAUCCGUCGGGCACACCGGGCCUGCCGGACGGCUCGCCGCCGCCCUCAUCCCAGUCGCCGCUGGGUAUCACCCAGGGCAACACGUACAUCCCGCCCGUCAGCGGCUCCGGCGUGCUGCCGCCCAGCUCGCAGCACCUGCCGCUGGCGCCGCCGCCGACUCAGCGCGACCUCUCGCCAUCGCAGCACCAGCAGCAGCAGCCGCCGCCCCCUCAGCAGCAGCAGCACCAGCAGCCGCCCCCACAGCAGGGCCCGCCACCGCCGCCGCAGAGCCAGCAGCCGCUGCCGCCGCCGCCACCGCAGCACGUCAUGUCCGGGGCGUCCCCACCGGCGCCCCAGUGGGACAUCAAGCCGCCGCUCAGCCAGCCCGGCAUGAUGCCUAUGGCGUCGCAGGCCAGUCAGAUGAACAUGAACGCGCCGUUCAUGUCGCAGUACUCGUGGUACCCGUCCGACCCGUCGGCCAUGAACCACGGCCUGCUCACCUAGAGCGCGCCGCCGCCGCCGCCGCAGCGGCUCCGUCCAUCCGUCCCGUCCGAGCGCGCGCCCGCCGGCCCGGCGCCCACCGCGCCCCGGGGGCAGUGCAAUGUUAGCGGUCGGCCGGCGCCGUGACCUCCAGUCGUCAAUGACGGACACGCGGCCGUCCGUCCCGGCGACUCCGGCGCUGGCGCAGUGUCAAACGUGCGCCCGCCGGACAGUUUUUAUCGGCGGCGCGACCGUCCGUGUUGCAGUGUUGCGUUGUUGCCCGCGCCGUCGGCCCGCCGUAUCUGUGUUAAAUGUACCAGCAGGAGCCGGCGGCGGGGCGGCCGGCCCGGCCCGACCCCUCCCAGACUCGCGCCCCGCCGCCAGCCGGUCCGAGAGAGUGGGUGCGUGUAUGUGUGUGAGUGUUGACGUUGAUUUCAUGUUGCCAGAGUCAGAGGGGGAGGUUGUCUCUCCCGCAGUGAGCCACUGUACAUAGAUUCAUCCGUGGCGGCGGCCGCGACAUGCGUGUGCGAUGUUUGGUGGUGCGUGUAGCCUGUACAUACCAUUAUACCUGCCCAAUGUGAGUACAGGGUUGUAAUCUGAUGUGACCGACCUGGCCGCCGUGAUCCUGAAUGUUCUGCUCUACCAUGUAGGAUGUACCAGUAUAUGAAUAUAGGGAGGAGCGAA